UCUCCCGCUGUACAGUAAACUAAUUUCAACUAUCGACUACUACGGAGAAACUGCAGCUCACGAACUGGUAAUCAUGAGAUUCUGCUGCGUCGCACUCAUCGGGCUGUUGUUGUGCUCUGUGCAGAGCGUUACAGCCAACGAUCCAGUCGAUGCACUGGGUGCUUGCAGUGGUAAUUUGUUUGGUCUGCUUAUGACACGACUUCAGCAGAUGGUCGAGGACUUUACAGCGUGCCGCCAGGAAGCGACUGCCAACGAUCCUCAACACGAUUGCAGCGAUAGUAUACAGCGUGCAAAGGUUGAUCUGCAACAGCAGUUGGUUAAUUACAGUUACUGUACUAAGAAUAUACAAUAAUUGAAGGUGUUGCUGUUGGUCUAUUAAAACAUGGUGUAAUAAAUGAUUAUGAUUAUGAUAUAUAUUA